GCAGCUCCACUGCAAAGACGAAGAAAUUUUCAUAUAGUGAAUUACGAGUGGCAACCAACAACUUCCACCAAAGUAAUAAAAUUGGUCGAGGAGGUUUUGGGAUAGUAUACAAGGGAACUCUAAAAAGAGGAAUACAAGUUGCCGUGAAGACACUUUCGGCUGAAUCACGGCAGGGUUUGCGUGAGUUUUUGACAGAGAUCGAAACCAUAUCGGAUGUCAGACAUCCUAAUCUAGUUGAGUUGGUUGGAUACUGUCUCGAUGGAAACAACCGGAUCUUGGUGUAUGAAUACUUAGAAAAUAGGAGCCUUGAUCGAGCACUGUUCGGUUCCAGCGCUAAUAAUGUUAAAUUAGAGUGGGACGCGAGGGCUGCUAUUUGCUUGGGUACCGCUAGAGGUCUUGCGUAUCUACAUGAAGAAUUAGUGCCGCAUAUAGUGCACAGGGACAUCAAAGCGAGUAAUAUACUACUUGAUAAGGAUUAUAAACCGAAAAUUGGAGAUUUCGGACUGGCGAAGCUUUUUCCAGAUAAUAUCACUCACAUCACUACGCAGAUAAAAGGAACCACCGGCUAUCUGGCACCGGAAUAUGUCAUGGGGCGUCAAUUAACGUCCAAAGCUGACGUUUACAGUUUUGGGGUCCUAAUACUUGAAACAGUAAGCGGCAGAAGUAGCGGCAGCGGUACAUGGCAAGGGCAGAAGUUACUCCUCGAAUCG